AUGUGUGUAUUUGUUAGUAUUCCAAGAAAUUAUUCAAAAUAUAUUUCAAGUAAAAUACCACAAUUAAUUCAAGAAUCUGAAAUAAAUAUGGAAAACCAUGAUAAAAUAUUUUCAUCGCAUUGGAUAUCAUAUGACGAAAUUGUUAUAGGAACCAAAUCUGUGGGCGCCGGAAAACCAUAUCAAGUCACAAUUUAUGAAUUACCUUCGUUUGAUCCUGUUGCUGGUCAUAAUGAUCUAGUAUUUUCUGUUGAAUGGUUAGAUGAUGAUCAUGUUCGCGUGAUGGUACAAUCAGACUUUGUAAGGGAUUUGAAAUAUAAUCCAAAAACAGAGCAAAUAAUGACUCUUUCAACUGCAGGUUAUGUUAAGAUAUGGGAUUCUUCUUACCUUAACAGAAUUGCAAAAAUUCAACUUAAUCACACAAAUGAAAAUGUAUGCUUAUCAAUGAAUGCAAAACUGAGUUUAUAUGCCGUUGGUUCACAAUCUCAUGUUUCAAUCUUAGAUCCAAGAAUUUCAUCCUCAAUAGUUCACGAAAUAGAUUCAGUUGAUGAAGGCUGGGAAAUUGGAUCUGGUUGGCUGAAUCGUGAUGCUGUAUACAUAAAUCAUUUCUCUGGUUCCUCUAUUCAAAAUGCAAUUUAUACACUUUCUUAUGAUGAAUCGGGUACAAAAUUAUUCUCUGGUGGUGGUCCAUUACAUCUUGGAUUAAAAGGUUCGUAUGCUGCUCUUUGGGCAUAA